GGCGCCGCACGUCGCAGCCCAACCACCCUUUCUUCAACGCCGCACUGACGUCGAACGAGUUAUUUUUAUCAUGUUAUAACGUGUGAAAACCUGUGCUAGAGUGUUGCUGUGACCUUAUGCGUUGAUGGAUGUUCACAACUCUUUCUUCUACCACUGUGAUGUAAGUGGAGGGAAUACAAAAGUUAAAGAUUUGGUUACCAGGUCUUAAGCGGAAAAAAUGCUGAAAAAAGUUGACCGCGGCGGGGCGAUGAGCGCGGGCACGCGGCGGGCGCGCGCAGGGGCGGGCGCGGGGCUGCGGGCGGGCGACUCCACGCCCGGCUCUGACGCCGGCGAGAUCACGCGCCUCUUCCCCAAGUGCCGCCCCAGGAACAGCCAGCACCAGCACGAUAGGCUAGGCGUAGGAGUGGGCGUAGGCGUGGAGAGCCGCGAGAUGAACGUCGUCAACAACGCUUCCUCGGACGAGGAGCGCGCCGCAGACGGCCAGCUCGUCAUACUCAACUCCAAGGGAGGAGCUUACAAAUUGAGAGACUCCAGAAUAAUCGAGAUAGCUGGCGGUCGCGAGGUGUACUCGCAGAGCAGAACGAAGGCAGCGCGUAAGCUGCGGCACAGCGCCACGCACAAGCAUAACCUUCGCAACAAACGCGCCCCACACAACCUCGCUGAUGACUACACAGAUACUCUUAACAAUGAGAUAUCUCUACAUAGAAUAAUCAAUGAGCCGAAAAAAAUGAUAUCACGUCACACUUCCCCGACGUAUACGAAUGGAGAUAGAGAAGGUAUCAUAGACAACAAAACAAUGGGCAUACCUAAGAAUAGCUCGCCCAUACUGGACCCGCACAAGACCACCGAUGUCAGUGCAAAGAGCAGCCCCAUCGCUGUUGUAGCGGACGGCGAGGUUAUGGUCUUUGAUGAUAAUGACGACUGGAAAGUGAUAUUGAAUUCUGUGUCCCUAGGUUUGAGGAUGGACCCUGACGUUAGUGACGAUGACAUAGACACGAGUGUAAAGCGAACUUUAGACUGUAUUAAGAACGGUGACGGUGAUUUGAACAGUAAGAGUGAACUGAGUGAGGGGAGUGAGUCUUCGCCCUCCGGUAGCCCGGGCACCUGGCUGUCGGGGGACGAGGGCGGCAGGGAGGGCAGGGUCACGCGGGUCAUAGGGGAGCUUCCCAUCGCGGAGUACGAGGGCUCCCCCCGCAGGUACGGGGUCGGCAGUCAGAAGACCAGCAACAGAUCGCCCAGACCUGGCUUCCCACAGAGGGUGAUGACGGAAAGCCGCGGGGAGUCCCCACCGAUCACCUCGGCGUUCGAUUACCUGUACGAGUUCUCCGAGACGCGCAAGGUGCUGGAGGAGUUUUUCCGCUGUCCCGCCGCGCCCGGACACACGCAGCUCGCCGCCAAUGAUGAUAUCGUCAAUUUCCAGGACUUGGAAUACGAGCUGCGGCGGCAGACGCAGGAGUGUCCGUCAGAGAAUGGCGUGGAGGAGGGCAGCGAGUCGGAGUGGCCGCAGCCCGACACUCUCGACUCGCUCGACUCGCCUCACGCGCCGCACAACCACACCAACUUCCUCGGCCUGCAGCAACAAACAUCACGAUACGCGGCGCCAGAUGUGUCAGCGCUGCGAGCCGGUCCUCUCGACAGUGGUUCCACGUCCCCCGCGCCGAGGACUUCCAUACGAGACUUGCGUGACAUGCGUGACACGCGUGAAAUGCGUGACGCACGUGACAUACGUGACACGCGUGAUGUACGCGACGCGCGUGACCUGCGGGACUUGCUGGAGGCUCGUGACCACGGGUCCCGCGAGCGACUCCCCUUCGCCAUGUCGUCGGCCGCCAGCGACUCCGCCAGCGAUCUCUCACUUGCCAUCAUGGAGAGUGAGCUCUCUGAAAUGAAAGUGCAACUAGACUCUAACCGCGUCGUGGUGACUCACCUGCCGGUGGUGGAGGACGGCCUCUCCUCCGGACACGCCUCUGACACUGACAAUAAUAAUCAGAAUUCUUCGGUAAUAAUAGAGGAGAUAGUGGAGAAUGGUACAAAUUCUGAUCCCCUCAUACUGUCCGACGCUGAUCUACACUCAUUGGAUCCUUUAGCGUGCUCCGGGCCCCCACCGCCCGCGCCCGCGCCGCACCGCCCGCCCGCCGAGCACGCCGCGCUACCCGCGCACGCGCCUCACGUGCCUCACGUGCCACACGCGCCUCACGUGCCCCACGCGCCUCACGUGCCCCAUGCGCCUCACGUGUCUCACGCAGCGCACGGCACGCACACGCCGCACAUACACGCCGCACACGACGAUGUAUACCCGCGUAAGAGGCCGUCGUCAGCACAGAGUACGGAGUCGGCUGAGAUCAAACAAGCCAGCGGAGAUGAAGACGAAGCCGACACGGACCUGGAGACGGACAGGUUGCUGGGCCAGCAGAGGACGGAUGACCAGGGAUUCUUUGAUGAUAAAGACAAAGAUGGCAAGAAGAAAACAAAAAAUAAAGAAGACCCGUCAGUGCUGAUUGAGGGCGUCCUGUUCCGCGCGCGGUACCUCGGCUCCACACAGCUGGCGUGCGAGGGCCAGCCUACCAAGGCCACCAGGAUGCUGCAGGCUGAGGAGGCCGUCUCCAGAAUCAAGGCCCCCGAAGGUGAAAACCAACCGAGUACAGAAGUAGAUCUUUUCAUAUCUACGGAGAAGAUAAUGGUUCUGAACACGGAACUGAAGGAGAUAAUGAUGGAUCACGCGCUACGGACCAUCUCCUACAUAGCCGAUAUAGGCGACCUCGUCGUCCUCAUGGCCAGGAGGAGGUUCGUCCCCCACGAGAACGAUUCUGAUCAGCCAAAACUGAACCGUACUCCAAAGAUGAUAUGUCACGUUUUCGAAAGUGAAGAGGCGCAAUUUAUAGCUCAAUCGAUCGGGCAAGCAUUCCAAGUCGCGUACAUGGAGUUCCUCAAAGCCAACGGCAUCGAGGACCACAGCUUCGUGAAGGAAAUGGACUACCAGGAGGUACUGAACAGCCAGGAGAUCUUCGGCGACGAGCUGCAAAUGUUCGCAAAGAAGGAACUGCAGAAGGAGGUGGUGGUGCCCAAGGCCAAGGGGGAGAUCUUGGGCGUAGUCGUGGUGGAGUCCGGCUGGGGGUCCAUGCUGCCCACAGUGGUGAUCGCCAACCUAGCGCCGGCUGGAGCAGCGGCGAGAUGCGGACAACUUAACAUAGGAGAUCAAAUAAUAGCAAUAAAUGGAGUGAGCCUGGUGGGACUGCCACUGUCGACAUGUCAAACUUAUAUAAAGAACUCCAAGAACCAGACAGUGGUGAAACUGACGGUGGUGCCGUGCGCGCCCGUCGUGGAGGUCAAGAUAAAGCGGCCGGACACCAAGUACCAGCUAGGAUUCAGUGUGCAGAAUGGAGUGAUUUGUAGUUUGCUGCGCGGCGGUAUCGCGGAGCGCGGCGGCGUGCGCGUGGGACAUCGCAUCAUAGAGAUAAACGCGCAGAGUGUGGUGGCCGUGCCGCACGAGCGCAUCGUCAACCUUCUCGCCACCUCUGUAGGCGAGAUAUUAAUGAAGACGAUGCCGACGUCUAUGUUCCGGCUGCUGACCGGGCAGGAGAACCCCGUGUUCAUAUAAGUGCGCGUUCGCCGCCGAUACAAAGUGCCUGCUUACCUCACGCGCCCCGCCCUCCGCCCCUCGCUCCACCCACCCGCGCAGCGCCACGCCCCUCGACAGCUGGGCCACUCCCACCAACACAGUCCAUGGGAACACAACGUACCGGUGGCAAAAAAAUCUAAAUCGACUAUUGUUUACUACCAUUUAUGAAAGAAAAUAUUCUUUAUUCAUUGAUGUAAUAUGAAAGUGUUGGCAAUAACAUAGGACUCAAAACGAAGUACUUUAUUAAAUAAUUUGUCUAUGAUUUGAUUUAAAUUCUAGAAUUUCUGUUUUUUCAGUACUACUAUCAACUGUGAUAACUAUGUAAUCACAAGUUAAGAAACUAAAAUAUCCAAAUCCUGAAUUUUAAUAUACAAAAACAUGAAAAAAUAAUCCCGCCUUGAUUUGCCGUGACUUCGAUAAAAUGUCUAUGGUAAAAGGAACAUUAUUUUUGUAUAGGAUAUUCCACAGCUGACAUUUUUAUACUUAUACUAGAUAUUGGCUCGGCUGUCGGUGCAUACUCUUUGACACCACCACGGGAACUAAUCUGAAGUCCAAAAAUGCUUACAAUGCUUACUUGGCUAAAUUAAGUUAGUUAUAAGUUGUAUAUCGCCAUUUGUCAAGUGUUUGUACUUGCUAUGUAUAACUUAUGUCCAUCUAUUUGAAUGAAAUUUAAUCAAUCUUAGUAUGUUUUAAAGUAAUUUUAAUGUGUUGCAGCCAUAGAUAAGUGAAAUAUCCAAUCUAAAGAUAAACGAGAGUCGAUAUUGUAAAAGACUGAGGAAAUUUACCCGAAAAAAGACUCCUACGGCCUCUUUUCGCAUCACUUUUGUGCUUCGUAUUACGUAUUUAUAGGUUAUAUAUCCGUGGUUUCCCAUUACCACGCAAUCAUUUUUUUUUAAUUUAAAGUGUAUUUAAAGAAACCGCAUACUUCAUUUAAAAUAAUAAACCUGCUUACAAUUUUAAUAUUUUAUUGCUCUCUAAGAAUGCUUUGACGUUUUAUUGAAGUCUGUUAUUUUUUUAUAAAUGUGUCAAAGAUCAAAUAGCAAGUGCAAAUGCAUUGAAGAAAUAUUCAUGAUCAUGACAUUGUCAAAUAUUCCUUGAAAAAAAAAUGAUUUAUUAUGUGUAAAUUAAAUAUAUAAAACCACUCAUAUCUGCUUAGAUAAUAUACUAUAUUAACUGAUUAUCUGGCAUCUAUAUGUUUAAUUAAGUGGACAAUAGCGGAGAUCGUCUGAAUAUUAUAAGUGUCGUUAGCAUGCCAUGUUUGCCAUAGAUAAUCUCGAUUUUUAUGUGUUAGUCUUUAAGUAUUUAAUCAAAAUUGUUGCCAUAUUAUUUUUUAAUUUUAAUGCUUAGUUUUCGCAUCGUAUCGUCCAUACAUUCUUUAAUACCAUUCCAUUUUAGUUGUUUAUUUCUAGCACCUAUGUAUUUUUUUAUGUUGUUAAUAUUUUUUUAGAAGAUUUUAGUCGAUGUUUAUAUUCAAUAAUAGUUCAAAAUCUUGUAAUGCUAAUUAAGAUGUAUAGCAAAACAGAUACAGUUUAUUGAAAUUUCUACAAUGUCGACUUCAAAUGUAAACCUUCAAAAAAUACAUAAAUGAAUAUGGUAACAUUGUUGUACGCAAGUUGUCGACAUUGCGAGCGAUUCAAUACUGCCAAUAUUAAAAUAUAUCUGCCCCUUAUAAAAAUAAAUUUAAAAAUAUACGCCGCCUCCAUGAUAUAGCGAGUGCGAAAAGUGAUCAUAUUUAAUAAAAAAAUGAAUUGAUUAGUAGAUAUUAAUUAUAAAAAAGCAUUAUUUCGUGUAGCGUUUCAAAAGAUAUGUCAUAUUUUGUAAAUUUUAUAGUGUGGCUAUAGCAUUAUAACCUAUAUCAAUAUGUAUGUACUGUUCUUAGUCAAGCUUAGCGCUCUGAGGACGAGUUUUUAUUUUUAUUUAUAUAUAAAAAUACUAUUAUUAAAAAAAAUGUGUAUCAGUAACUCGUACGUAUCCUUCUUACGGAAACUCGCUUCUUUCUAUCUUCAUGAAAUGCUUUUCCAAUGUGUAGGUCCUUCUUUCUCUUUUUAUGUAUACGUUAUCUUUUUCGUACGGCCAGUGUCGACUGAUGUUCUAACCUAAAUAUUAAUUUAUUACUAUUAAAAAGAAAAAAGUUUAGUACAUUGUUAUAUUAGAGACAUUGUAUUAUUUUUUAAAUUCACGAUUGGCUAAUGUUUUUAAUAAGAUUCUUAUCAAAAAACUUUAAAGUAAUAAAACUUAUUUAUUUAUUUUAUUCUAAUUUUCUUAUCCUUAAACUAUUGUCAAAUGACGUCACGUCCUCACUGGUCUGCUGUUACCGUGGUUUUCCACUGUCGUACAACUUGUAUUAAAAUAUAUUUUUAUCCCUCUCAAUCUCUUAGAAAAGAGAGAGACAGAGACAACAUGUUUUAACACAUGGGCUUCGGAGUGGAAUUUCACGGUUAUUUCGUGAGCUGUGUACGUUCAAGUUAUAUGUAGAUAUACUAUAUGUAAUCUGAAGUGUAAUUUUAUAUUGCUAGCUGUUGUGAAUAAGAUUUAUUUACAUUAAAUACCCACAGAUAAUAAAUAGCGUCUAUCGAAAGCUGGUACAUACGGUAGGUGACACUGUGACAUGUGAAAUAACUAUUGUUGUUCUCAUUUCUAAGAGUAUUAUUCUAGUCUGCAUUAAAGUUAAGAAUAAACUGA